UUAUUUAGCGAUUAUCAUUCUAUUUCAAUCGUUUCUUAAAACACAUCAAUCCACAGUAUAGAAAAUCGUGAUUUUAGUUUGCGUUUUUAGUACGAAGACAAGGUCUUGUUAAUUUUCUUCUAAAAUAUAUCUGCAGUAUUAUAAACGUUAUGUAAUGCCUAGUAUCUCCAUCAUUGACCGGCCAACUGCUUCUACAAUGUUGGCUGACACUUCUGACGUGUUACGGCAUAGUCUUCACAAGGCAACUGGAAGAGACAAUGGAUAAGUGAAAAGUGACUGCGAAUUAAAAGUCUUGAGAAAUAAACCAGCAAUUCGGCCUUGACUUUAAAAUUUAUCAUCUUUGGCACCAAUGUCAUCUGUAGGGUCCUGUUCGCCGGUGACUGAAGAGGCCUCUGUCAGCGCCGAUUCGCCUAUUCUUAAUCAUGAUCCACAGAAAUCCAAUAACAAUGGUUCGCUUUCCCAUGAAAAUGAUCACGGCGGAACGGCAUUGGGACUCAGUAGCUCAGGCGGCGAAAAUAAAGCAGCCAGCAAGGCGGAGUUCGAUGAAAAAAUGCAUAAACAGAAAACCAAGCGAAGUUUAAUUCCAUUCUACUCGACUUUUGGUUUCGGCAACAAAGCAUCGAAAUCUCCCGACAAAAGCAAACGAAAGAAACUUAAAGGAGAAGCCAAGUUAUUGCCCAGCGAUGAAAACGAAGAUGAACCAGAAAAGAAAGACGAAGAAAAGGACGAUUCAACAGGAGGUUCAUCAUCUGAGGGCACCUCGGAUGAAACGAAAGUCGUAUGCCACAUCGAUUCUUCUCUGUGUGAGGAUAAAAAGUCAAACGGUGAGUCAAGUCACAAGCGAGAAGAAAAAGUUAACGACGCAACCGAAAGCAUCACGAAGAAAAGUGUAGUAAGUCCAAAGUUAAAUAGUAAGAAUGACACUAAGAAGUAUUCAUUAGUUAAGUCAAGAAUAGCCAAAUACCAGAAGCAUUCAAGUGCUCAAAAAUACAUAGGCGCUGAAGCUUGCAAUGCGAGGAACAUGAAUAAAUCAAAAACGUUGGAACAUCCUUCCAAGUCAUCGACUUGCAUGAAAAAAUAUUCUACGCUUGACAGUCUAUCACGACACGUAAAUCAAGCAAACAAUUUUUCAUACGAAUCCGUUGAAUUUGCUAGCAAGUCAUGCAGUGAUCUGAAAGAUGUCGAUUAUGACAGCAAAGAUCUCUACGAUGAACUCAAACUCAUUUACAAUGAUGGUGAGAUUUAUGCCAUCAGAGAAAAAACAGCUGAACCUAUUUUUCACGUAGAAGAAGAUUCUGGGAUUCUCAGACCGCAUCUGAGCAUCGAUUCGAUAACUUUGAUCUCUAGCAAUAACAUGAAAACCAGCUUAAACAUUUCGGUUACUGGAAAUAGCGAGAGAGUUCCAGUGGCACUUCCCGACACCAGGUGGAAGGAAGCUGGAAAAUUCUCAAGGAGAUCAAUAAGAAAGUCAACUUCGAAAAAGAAGUCUGAAGUUAAGAGAGCUAAAACGUCAUCGGGAAUGUCGUCAACAUCUACAUCUCCUCCCAAUGAAGUUGCCAUUGACGACCGACUGUCGUCGCUUGAAUCGCAAAAGAAAUAUCGAGAUCAUCGCUUCUGCUUGAAGUCUCCUGAACUGUUACAAUAUUUUCCGGAAUAUGCCAUAGUUAACAAAAAGAAAAAUGGGCCUCUUGAAACCCCCCAAAAUCUUGAUAGUCUUUCAUUAGACUACAGAAAAAUUUCCUUCCGGGGAUGCGGAGAAAAAGGUCCUGUUGCCAAAAAGAUCGGCCAAGGUGCCUGGAAAACGCGUAAAGAUGCCGAAAAAAGACUCGGAGGGGUUGUGAAGAAAGUAGAUAGCUUCAAAGCUUCAAAAGUGAUCAGAAAAGGCAGUUUUACUCAUUCUGUAAAGCCUAAAAUUGUUAAGAAUGUGGCGCAGAGUUUUCAAUCUGCAGAGGCUGAAAACGCCAGCAAAACACCUGGUGUAAAAUUGAGAAGACGAGAUUCCAAAAGUGGGGGAAAGGAAGAGUACCGUUUAAGUGUGACAAUUCAACCCCGCACUGUGGAAAGUCUAACGAAUAAGUUCAAUUCCUUAAUAUCUCAAAACCAAGGAGGUGGUUCUUCCGGUGUAGUACAAACUCAGAUUCCACUUGGUCAUGUAUCAUUGAGAGAUGGUAAGCUGGGUCGCGUUUAUCAUAGUCCUAGGGCCAGUUUUAAACGCAAAUACCGCACUAAAAAUCAGAAAAAUAAGCGGACCGCUCGAGUUCAAUCUCUCGAAACGACGCAAGGAGAAGGUCGAAAUCAGAACGAUUCUGAAGCUAGCAAUUGCGCUGGCUUGUCUCAAGAUGCUGAUUCGUCAUCAAAUUGUCGCACUGCGAGAUCUCGACGUCCUAUGGUAGUCAAUAUCAAAAAAGUCCCAUCUAUAGGACGUGUUCCUGGUGAUAAUAAAACUGAUGAGGAAAAAGUAUGUGCAAAAAUUGAAACUGCUUUGUCUUCUGGUAAAUUUAAAGGCGAAACUGACGAGUCUGAUACUGAGCAUGAGGAGGCAACGCCAGAUGAAGGAAGUGCAGCUGCAGUUGUUGAUAUUAAUAAUAUGUUCGAUGCUUUAUGCCAGAAUCUCGCUGCUCCAGUCUCCAAUAAUCUAUAUAGCAUAACCGAAGAUGCUCAAUCAAAUCCUGUGAAUCUUGAAGCAAAAAAUAAAAAUGACGUUACCGAUUUCGAUCCAUCAGUUGAUUGCUCAUCUGCAAAACACGUCCUAAAUUGUACUCAACAACAUAAUUCUAGAAGUAAUUUUGAUCCUUCAUCAGUGGAUUGUGAGGCUCCAGAAGUCAGUCUAUGUCAUCAAAAGAGUGAGUCAUUUGACUCUGGGAUCUCAACGGAUGAAAUUUUUCCAAAACUUGUUGUAAAGACGGUUGAUGUUGUUUUUGAGGAGCUGAAAGCCAUUGGAAUUUUUGGAGCUUUUGAUCUUUCUUGUGAUGAGGGGACAGAGUGUUCUUCGCAAGACACCGAAUUACCGAAAGUUCUUAUCACUGGAAACCGAGAAUCGUUGGAUGUGCUUGGUAGCAGCAUCUCGGAAGACAGCGACAUUGAUCGAAGUAGCAGCUGCAAUGCUGGAACUGAAACUGUCAAGGCACUUGCCGAAAAAAAAUUCGAAGAAUGUGCCUUGGUGACUGCUGAGGAAUCGAAAGACACUACUUUAGAUCUAGAGAAGGAAAUUCAGUCACCUAGUGAAGCCAAUUUACGUGAAGAAUCUCACAAAGAAUCCCAAAGUUUACCCAAAGAACCUGACAACGAAAACAAGAUUUAUUCUUCUAUCCUAAAAGCCGUGGUUAAGAAUACCGUGCGAAAAACAAAAGAAAAGGAUUCCCUUAAGAAGGAAAAUGGACGUGAGAAUAAAUUGUCUGAGAAAGAGGGAUGGUUCAAGCGCAGCAAAUCUAAAGAAAGGCCGGAGGAGAAGUUACUAGCGGAGACCAUCGAAAGUACGAUGAAUGCGACGACGAUUGAGACUAGAAAUGACGUAAAAGAUGAAAAAGAAACCGGGACGAAGCCAAAGAAGGAGAAAGAUAGCAAAAUUUAUGAAAGUUGGAUAUUUAAAAAAAUGCGCGAAAAAAGUCAAGAACGCAAAAAAUUCAAAGGACUCACCCCAGUGGAUGUGCAGAUUCUUGAAGAGACCACAGCAGAGGCUAUUAUCGAUGAUCAACCUAAUGCAGAGAACAUCGCAUUGCAGUCCAACUCCACAGAAUGUGGUGUAGGCGCAGGUGAGCUAGGCGAUAUUAGCCCUCCGCUUGAUUCCAAGAAAAUCAAACCCGAUUCAUCCGAAAAGAAAGAUGAUGGCUAUGGCUUGUUCAAUUUCAAAAGCCGAGGGAGGUCUAAGGAGAAAAAGAAAACUAAAAACUCGUCUGACAAAUCAUCUUUGCUACAAGAUACAACCAAAGAGCCAAGUGUCGCUAUCAGCGAGAGCAGCACAGAGAGCCCCAUAACCGGAUCUCCGACGUCUAGUGUAAGAACUUCACAUUCUCGUAAACUAUCUGACACGUCGGUAUGCACAGUAGAAUCGGAAUCUGUCAGCCGGAAGCCAUCCUCAACGAAACUCAAGGCUUCAAACUCUCAACGAUCGACUUCCUCCAUCCCUCCUCCUCCAAAAACUCCAAUACCAUCACCUCCCAAAUGCGCUCGCAUUGUUCUGCGGCUUACGGACAGCGACCACCCAAAUGACCCAAAUAAAGAUGCCGAUGGUUAUGAGAGUAAAGGAAGUGCUGAAAAUAUUUACGAAAAUUUAUAUGCACCCGAUCCUGAUAAGAUAAAAGAGAAUCGCGCAAGGCUUGAAGAGCGCGGAAUUGUUCCAAAUUCUUCGUUCUUGUGGAAUGACGGGAAAUCAGUGACUCACAGCUUUGGGGAUACGCCAGCUAAAAACGAAACUCACGAAAGACAACCUUUCAGCAAAAUUACGGGUAUUAAAUCGUUCGGGCAGCCUCGUAUCAGACGGGAUUUGUCUCUACCCCGAAUGCGCCUCCGAUCGGACGAGAGUCCUAACUAUUCCGAACUCCAAAACGCCGGCACCAGCGACGAUUCGCACACCAACGCUGCCUACGAUGAAAUCGGUGGUUUCAGUGCAAUGAGCUACGACGAUGUUCGGAUGUCAUCUUCGUGUAGUUACGAUGACGUAAGGGCACCUUCAAGUGUUGGGUAUGAUUCCAUCAAGGCUCCAUCUUCGGGCGGCGGAUAUGAUCCGGUCAAUCCUCCUCCUGCUCGGUCCGAGUCUAGCCAAUAUGACGAAUGCGAUGGUGGAGUUAUAACGGCUCAACUGGCGGUGGUCAGAGAAGACCAGUUGGAUUCCAUCAGCUACCUGUAUGAUGACAUAACCUACAAUAUGUCACAAACAUCGCACUCCUACGAGCCUGUCAGUCCACCUGGGCUAACAAGUGUAACGGUGCCGACACCGCUCGUCAUUUCCAGCAUUCCUGAAGUUCCUGAGCCCGAAAACAGUCCCAAGCUAGAGGGUGAAAUUCUCGAAGGCUCAGACGAUGAAGAAGAGGUUGAGGAUGCACAUGAAGUUUUCUCGUACUCCCUCACUCAUGUUGGCAACGCGACUGACGCACGCCAGUUCGACCCACAACAGCAGGCCGAUAAUGCUUCCACGCCCCAGUCACCUAUUGCCAUCAGUCAAGGGGCCACGACAUCUCCGAGCACUGCGAUCAAUUCAAUUUGUGAGCCCGCUGCAGGAAUCAGCCCGAUGCACGGAAGCGAGACUCAACCACUCACACCGGUACAACCGCUGCAACCGGCACAACCGCAAUCACAAAUGCAACCGUUUCAACCGGUGCAACCGGUACAACCGCCAACCCUACUGGAUGAAACACCGGCGCUGGGGCUCCGCGACUCCCUGCGGUCGUCUGCAUCGUCGUACCACUCGGCGUAUUCCUCCCGCUACUUCACGCGGUCCAAGAUGGAGGCUGCACUCGCCCGGGACGAUGAAUCGGCUUCGCAGUCGUCUGAGAAAAAGAAAAAGUUUCUGAAAAACAACGAUGAAGUGAAAGAAAGUCGACUGGGUUUCAUGAGUCGAAAAAUCCGGGAGUUAGGUAAGCUCAGAAAGCAAAAAAGCUCUGAAAAAGAGGCUGCAAAGAAGGCAUCAUGUCAAACCGCUCCGGAUUCAUCUCUUCUUGCGAAUGAGGAAGACUUGCCCUUGGACGGAACUAACGUAACUGAUAUGGAGCCCCUGACGAUCGAGAUGAACGAUGGUAUUUACGGCACGAAUGCCGUUAGCAACGAUCUUUACUGCGCCGCUGGUGGUGUCGAGUUCACUCAACCGGUUACCGAGAUUAAAAAGUCCCGGAAACCAAGAUUGUCACUUUCUGACUGUCCGCCUCUGCCAGUUGGAUUCCACACUUACGGGUACGAUCCCGAUCCUCAUGACACUAACAGCAGAGGAACUAAUGAAGCUUUCUACGGCGACGUUUGCUCGGAGAAUGCUGUGGAGGACGCGGUUUACUCGGACCAAGAUGAGUGGGAAGAUUUGUCUGACGACGACAGUGAUGAAGACUGCCCAUGUUCGCCAUCUGGACGAGGACAACGCUUGGUUCGUGUACCAAUCCGGACUCACCGCUGGGCCGCGCAACCACGAGGCUGGCGGAAAACUUGGAGCCAGGGCGUGCGCGACGUGUCAGCGACCACCGACACGCUUGUGACUAAUCAAAACUACGCGCCGCACGCCGCAAACCGACAAACGUCCUCCGAUUCCGCGGCGAUCGGGAACAAAAGUAAACCCGCGCAGGCCCAGCUAAACCGGGCACCGAGCCACACAAACGACUCCAGAAACGCGACAUCUGCCAGAAGUCGCACUAAGACCGAGAAGACCGGCGUUGUCGGCAGUCCACAACGCAAACAAGCCGGCGUGACCGAUGCUUUGUACGGGGCGUUCGAGUUCGACGGCGCUGAGAACGAAGCCUACGUGGCCGAGUGCGUCGUGAGGAGCAAGAUGAGGCCGUCCAGGAAACAGAAGUACAAACUUGACGCCAGGCAAAGGGCUGAGAGAGAGGUCGGCAGAUACAGGCGCCGUUACCACCACGACUCCGAUGGCGAGGCAUCGAGUCACUACGAGGCCAUCUAUGAGGCCAUCAACGAGCAGCAACAUCAAAACCACAUCCAUAAGCCGCGCUCUCCUGGAGAUAACGGCCAAAGUACGAUUACCGAGGCGGUCAACGAGGACGAGGAAGCGUGCAGAGACGAUGACGACUCCUUCGACUCUGAUUGCUCAGACGAGGCUUACUCCAGACUGCAUCCUCAGUGCCUGGAGGAGAGUUUGUACUCGAGCAACAGCUUGGAGCGUCAGGAGUCCCAGGGCUCGUCUGACUUGCCCUUCGCAACGUCAGGGCCGACGUACCAGCGUCAGAGCAGUCUGGGUUCGGCGACGUCUGGGACGCAGAGCAUCACCAAAAUUGCGGAGGCAGCGAACAUAGGAAUGCAGAAGCUGAAGCGUAAUUGGUCACAGACCAAAACCGAAGUCAAGACUGGCCUUAAUAAAAUGAAGAAGAAGAACAAUGCGCCACUUGCUUUUGAUGGUCGCAGUAUUGAAAACAUCUACAACGACGCUUCACCCACUAGUGAAGACAAACGCAAGUGGUCGUUCAAGAACCAUUUUGUUCGGAGAAAGUCAACCACAUCUCUAAUUUCUUCGGGCCAGUCUUUGAGUUUCGUUCCUGACGACAGAGAGAAAGAAACGGCUACUUUCUACCUCACCCUCACCAUAGAGACCGACAAGCGGGAUGCCGCUUUGGCGGCUGCGGCGGCUGAGGCAUCCCAUCGCCUCAAAGGAAUGGGCUUAAGAGACGUGGACCUCAGGAAUAUGGACAUAAAGAACAUGGAAAUCCUCAAGGGCGUCGACGGCAAUGACCUAAAGAGCGUGCUGGGUUUAGGCAGAGUUGCAAGCGUUGGAGUUGUCCAGCGACCAAAAAGCUACUCCGGCUACGCAGAUCAUAGUCAUGGCAAGUCGGCAGGAGUUGGUAGAGGACGACCGAAGAGUUCCCAAAAAUGUGCCUCCAAUCCACGCCCUGUGAGGCCUAAAAAUGCCCCGCCUGCGCCUCCUUCAGAUUACUCAGAGAGCGACGACGGCCGCUCACCCGACGGCCAAGAUUUGUCCAAAGACAAGCUGGCCCUUCGGCUCAACCAACUACUGUCCGCUGGCCCUACACGUCCUCAAGGCAGAAAAAUUCUACGCUCCUCUGUCGGUUCCAGCAGCGAAUCCUCGCCCGUUCCUUUACUCCUCACUCCUGAUCAUUCCCCAACUAGCCCAAUUUCCGAGGCAUUUAAGCAAUCGUGCCUAUCUCAGCCCAGCACAUCGAGAAACUUAAGAAGCCCUUCGCCAACCUCAUCGCGAGGUUCUACGCUUCCUAAUCUAAAUAAAUACUCAUUAAAGGCUAGCAGGUCGUGUGACGAUCUUAACGUCGAUGACACAAAUGGUAGCUCAAGGUUAACGGAUGAAAUGGCUCCCGGUGUCUGCCGCAAUUUACCAAAAACUCGAUGCUCUCCGAUUGAGACUUACCGUCCCUCUUCUGAAGUUGCAUCAGUUCCCCCUCCACUGCCCGCUAGGCCCUACGGGCAACAAAAAUAUAAAAAAUCGGGGCAAGGUGACUCUGGUUCUCUCUCAAGUACACCAACGUCACCUGUGCAUACGACAGUUCCGCAACAUUUUAAUGACGUCGAUAGAAGAGACCAACUUGACUUUUCUAAAGACGCCGGCAUGUCUCACGCUAGAGAUGAACCCACUUAUAUAAGCUCACACUUUGCGGAUGAGCCUCUGUACCAGUUUUACACUGCGAGCGUGAUGGAGCGAGCGACCUAUCGUCAGGGAGAGUGCAGCAGUGAAGACGACUAUGAGGUGAUCAACGAUGGCAGCGGCGGAGCGGCGGUUAUGGCGGCUCUGCCGCGCCCCACGGCCAUGGAGAUCGUAACGCCGGCGGACGGCAGGAGGACCUUGUGGUGCGAGCUCCAAGAAGUCGUCAGCUCCGGCGUCCUCAACACGUUGACGAGCGGACAGAGGAAGGUUCAGGAGGCGAUGUUUGAGGUGAUCACUUCAGAAGCUUCGUAUCUGAAGAGCCUGGAUGUGUUGGUGUCGCACUUCCUGAACUGUCCAGCCUUCGCUUCAGAGGCUGUCAUCUCGAAGCGAGAGAAAAAUAUUCUCUUCUCUGAUAUCCUACCAGUAAAGCGUUGCUCAGAAGCCUUCCUCGCUGACCUGGAAAAACGCUGGCAAGAGUCGGCGAUGAUCAGCACCAUAGCGGACAUUGUCCUCAAACACGCUGGUUCCACCUUCGGGGUCUACGUGAAGUACUGCAGCAACCAAAUAUACCAGGACCGCAUGCUUAAGACGCUCAAGGAGAACAACCCCCGCUUCCUGGAGGUGCUCACCGACCUCGAGUCUUCCCCCAAGUGCCAGAGCCUCGCGAUGCACUCCUUCCUGAUGUUGCCUAUGCAGCGCAUCACUCGACUGCCGCUGCUGCUCGAUGCCAUCUUCCACAGACUGGAGCAAGGCUCUCCGCACUGGCAUGAGUGCAACCUUGCGCUCGCCACACUUAACAAGAUCGUGACCGAAUGCAACGAAGGCGCCCGUAAGAUGGAGCGCAUGGAGGAGAUGCUGAUCAUCUCGCGGCAGCUGGACUUCCGGGAGGUGCGCGCCGUGCCUUUGAUCUCAGCGUCGCGGUGGCUCGUCAAGAAGGGCGAACUGACGAGACUUACUCUGCGAGAUCUCGACGCCAAACUCACCUUUGGCAAGAGGAUUUCCAAACACACGCUCUACUUCUUCCUAUUCACUGAUCUUUUGGUGGUUACCAAGCGGAAAAGUGAAGACAGCUACACUGUGCUGGAUCACUGUCCUCGCAACAUGGUGCAGGUGCUGGAGCUGGAAAACAGUGACAAGCCGCCUGGGCGAUGGCUCGAAGGACACAAAAAUCUGUUAAUCGUCACCAUGCUCCAGAACCAUGAGAAUAAAACCGUUGAAAUGGUUCUCUCCUGCGCGCUAGAGAGCGAGCGCACGCGGUGGGUAGAAGCGGUCACUCCUCGCACCUCCGACAACCCAGACGAGCAAAUCUAUGAGGAGUGGGACUGCCCGCAGGUCCAAGCUUCCCAUGCCUAUGUCGGAAGUCAGCCAGACGAGCUCAGCCUGGAAGUGUCCGACGUGGUGAACGUGUUGAAGAAGAUGGCUGAUGGUUGGUACCAGGGGGAGCGACUACGGGACGGCGAGCGCGGCUGGUUCCCUGGCACCUACUGCAAGGAGAUCGCCAGCGCCCACGUGCGCGCCCGCAACCUGCGGCAGCGCUACCGCCUGCUGGCGAUCUCAGGCUCGAUGGUAGAGGAGCUGCGCCGUACGGCGGCCGCAAUGGACGCUGCAGGCGAGGGGGCGACAUCUCGGACUGAUAAGGACGAUAAGAGAGAGAAAAGGAAAACUGUCACUAUGAAAGAUGUCGUCGUGUAUUCCCAGGCGAAUAAGUAACAAGUGGCGUUAAUUUCAAUGCAGAUUUUAUUGGAUGCGUUUGGCGUACAAUGCAGCGCCUGUUUUGCUCACUUGGUUAAUGUUUCGUUUAUUUGUUAGGGAUGAAUGUCUUCUAACGUUUAUGAUAGCUUUUACUUCGAAGUCUUCCAGUCAUUUUGUUGCAGUAUUGUAUGAUAUAUGUUACUCGUAUUAAUGUUUAUGCGCCCAAUUUGGUCAUUGCAAUAUAAUAUUUAAUGAAA